UACCAUCAUCAUCAUCACCACCACCACCACCACUCGCAGAGCCACAAACACAUUUCAGGGGGGGCGUCCGGGUGGGCCCGCAGCGCCCACCUCAAGGCGGGGGCCGGGGGCACGCAGGCACUUCGAGCCUCGCGCGGCUAUCGCGAGUUCGCGUUUCGUAGGUCGCGCAUUCAGCAGCUGAGAAAACUACCUCGCCCACCAGACUCGUUAGAACGAUACUUCUACUGCCUACGGUAAAUAUUUUGGAUAGACCGAUUGCCCUGUUGCUUUGACUCCUCUUCAUUUUGUUUAUAAUGGCACUUUCCUCAUAGCAUUUAUGUCUUAUUUUAGCCAUAGUGCUCUUAAUUAAAUGGUGCGCCACAUUCAGAAUGCGAUUUGUUUAUGUGGGUUGUAGAAC